UAACCGUGUGUCGUUGACUUUCGUAUGGUUGUGCAAUAUCACGUUAUUACCCGUGUUAUUACCGAACAGCGCAAGGUACUUGCCCGUAUUUUUUAUUCAUGCUUUGUUUCUGUCCUGUGAUUGAAUUCAGCAUAUGUAUGUACUGUAAUCCCGUUGAUUAAGGACUGCCGUGAACUUCCACGGAUGCAUAAUACUGAAUCCAGGAAACGCAAACACUACAGUGGAAAUCUUUCUAGACAGAGAGAAGAGCGCGAGCCGCAGAGAAGUGAAAGUGCUGAAGGUAUAAAACGUAUCAAAGGGACUAAUUGUUGGAAUAUGGGGCGAACUGUGACAGUAGCGGCUUGCACGCUGAACCAAUGGGCGAUGGACUUCGAUGGGAACCUAAAAAGGAUAUUUCAAAGUAUACAGCAAGCCAAGGAGAUGGGAGCAACUUAUAGAAGUGGUCCAGAGCUUGAAAUAUGUGGUUAUAGUUGCGAGGAUCACUUUUAUGAAUCAGACACGCUGUUGCAUAGCUGGGAAGUAUUAGCCGAGCUUCUGAAAUCACCAAUAUGCGAGGAUAUAUUGAUCGAUGUUGGUAUGCCUGUUAUGCACAAGAAUGUGAAUUACAAUUGUAGAAUAGCUUUCAUAAACAAGAAGAUCUUACUGAUUAGACCAAAGAUGAGGAUGUGCGGAGAUGGGAAUUACAGAGAAUCACGAUGGUUUUCGGCUUGGACUAAGGAGCGUAUGGUCGAGGAUUAUUUUUUGCCUAGAAUGAUAUCAGCUAUAACUGACCAAUCGACAGUGCCUUUUGGUGACGCUGUCAUAUCGACCAAGGAUACAUGCAUAGGUUUUGAGAUAUGCGAAGAGUUGUGGAAUCCGAGCAGCAACCAUAUACCGAUGAGUCUGGAUGGCGUUGAAAUAAUUGUUAAUGGAAGUGGGUCACAUUUUGAACUGCGCAAAGCUUACGUUACCGUUGAUCUAGUGAAAGCAGCUACCUUCAAGGCUGGUGGCUGCUACAUAUUCAGCAACUUGCGUGGAUGUGACGGUGCCCGAAUUUACUUCAACGGUGGUUCUAGCAUUGCUUUAAAUGGUAAGAUAUUGAAUCGUGGAAAAGAGUUUGCCCUCCAGGAUGUUGAAGUAACAGUAGCGACGGUGGAUUUGGAAGAUAUAAGGUCUUAUCGAAACAAUAUCAGAUCUCGAACGCACUUAGCUGCGAGAGCUCAACCUUACCCCCGGGUCAAGGUUGACUAUGCAUUAACAUCUGAAAGGGUAAUUUCAAACCGUCCAAAUGUUCCAAUUAGUUGUGAUUAUUAUUCAAUGGAGGAGAAUGAGUCGUCGAGUUGGUGGUACCACACCCCAGAAGAAGAAAUCUCUCUGGCUCCGGCAUGCUGGUUGUGGGAUUAUUUGAGGCGAUCUUGUCAGGGCGGAUUUUUCUUGCCCCUCAGUGGAGGUGUAGACUCGACCUCUGUUGCGUGUUUGGUUUAUUCGAUGUGCGACAUGAUCGUCAGCUCUGUCAGCAAAGGCGAUUCCCAAGUUCUUUCGGAUAUAAGAAAAAUCGUGGGUGAUGGUGAAUACGUUCCCACUGAUCCGAAGCAAUUAUGUAACGUUAUUCUGUUCACUUGCUACAUGGCCACAGAAAACUCUUCAAUUGAAACAAAGACACGAGCUGCUGAACUGGCCAGUCAAAUCGGCGCGUACCAUCACAGUAUUGUUAUCGAUACAGCAGUCUCUGCAGUUCUUGGUAUAUUUCAACAAGUUACCAAAUUGACGCCAAGAUUUAAAGUGCACGGUGGCUCGCCAAGGGAAAGCUUGGCACUCCAAAAUAUUCAGGCUCGCUUACGAAUGGUUAUUGCAUAUCUGUUUGCGCAACUGAUGUUAUGGGUUAGAGGCCGACCCGGUGGGCUCUUGGUAUUGGGAAGUGGUAAUGUGGACGAGGCUUUGAGGGGCUAUUUUACUAAAUACGAUUGCAGUAGUGCGGAUGUCAAUCCAAUUGGAGGGGUAACAAAGACUGAUCUGAAGAAGUUCCUUAUUUACUUUAGGAAGAAACAUAACAUGCAUACCCUGGACGCGAUAUUGGAUGCUCCACCCACGGCCGAAUUGGAGCCUUUGCAACACGGCCAAUUGGCUCAAUUGGACGAAAUCGAUAUGGGAAUGACCUACAAAGAGCUCGGGGCUUUUGGAAAAUUGAGAAAGCAAAAUUGUGCAGGACCAUUUUCUAUGUUUUGCAAAUUGUUAUAUAUGUGGGAGGAUUGUACUCCUAAAGAGAUUGCCGAUAAAGUAAAACAUUUUUAUCGCUGUUACGCGAUAAAUCGGCACAAGAUGACCGUUCUUACGCCAUCAUGCCACGCCGAAACGUAUAGUCCCGACGAUAAUCGGUUUGACCACCGACCUUUCCUUUACAAUCACACUUGGAAGUGGCAGUUUAAGGCGAUCGAUGAUCAGCUCAGACGAAUAGGCUCUGACGACAAGAUGCAGUGGGCACAAAAUAACGAACCCAGUGUUUCAGCAAAGCCUACUCUUUCUCCGAUUCGACUUAAUCCAACGAAUAAAACCCAUCAUGGUGUUGUAGUUUAAUACUAAGCUUAUGCCAACCAUACCCUAUACCUACUGGUAUAUAAAUAUACAUAUAUCAGUAAGUAUACCCUUAGAAAAUGUAAGAACCGAUCGGAAUGGUAUGAGUUUCCGUCCCAUGUGAAUUUUUAAUGAUAUUUAUAUAAACAGUUGAUUUUAGAGGAAAAAAAAUGAAAAUAAAAAAAAGCUUACCGUAAAUAUUUUCAUACCGAAAUGUAUUGAAAGUACAGGUUGUAUGAAUAAAUUAUGUAUGUUUCCUUAAUUUUAAAUGCUAACGCUGUGUGGACCAAAGGUUUCUAAUAUGCUUAAAUUAAGAUGUUUUUAUUAUCUCUUUAACUUCUACAUACAGAAUGCAUAACC